GGCGAGCGCCAGCGCGAGUGGCAGGCAGAGCUGAAACCAUGGUUCAGCAGGUGCUCUACCGGGCGCUGGUCUCCACCAGGUGGCUGGCGGAGUCGGUCCGGGCUGGCAAUCUGGGGCCUGGCCUGCGUGUGCUGGACGCAUCCUGGUAUUCACCGGGCACCCGUGAUGCCCGCAAAGAGUACUUAGAGAGCCAUGUGCCCGGCGCCUCCUUCUUUGACAUAGAGCAGUGCCGGGACAGGGCGUCGCCUUACGAGAUGAUGCUGCCCAGCGAGGCGGGCUUCGCUGACUAUGUGGGCCGCCUGGGCAUCAGCAACGACACGCAUGUGGUGGUGUAUGAUGGUGACAAAUUGGGCACCUUCUAUGCUCCGCGGGUCUGGUGGAUGUUCCGGGUGUUUGGCCACCGCACGGUGUCAGUGCUCAAUGGUGGCUUCCGGAACUGGCUGAAAGAGGGCCACCCGGUGACAUCUGAGCCCUCACGCCCAGAACCGGCCAUCUUCAAAGCUACACUGGACCACUCCCUCCUCAAGACCUAUGAGCAGGUGCUGGAGAACCUCAAAUCUAAGAGGUUUCAGCUGGUGGAUUCACGGCCCCAAGGUCGGUACCUGGGCACCCAGCCAGAGCCGGAUGCAGUAGGACUGGACUCGGGCCAUAUCCAUAGCUCUGUCAACAUGCCAUUCACGGACUUCCUGACAGAGGAUGGCUUCGAGAAGAGCCCGGAGGAGCUCCGUACCAUGUUCCAGGCCAAGAAGGUGGACCUCUCGCAGCCCCUCAUUGCCACGUGCCGCAAGGGUGUCACCGCCUGCCACGUUGCCCUGGCUGCCUACCUGUGUGGCAAGCCCGAUGUGGCCGUCUACGAUGGCUCUUGGUUUGAGUGGUUCCACCGGGCACCCCCAGAGACCCGUGUGUCCCAGGGGAAGGAUGGGAAGGCCUGAGCCAUGGCCUGUCCUCCUCUUGCUGUAACUUGGCCAGUUUAGUGACUCCGGCAUGACCUGCAGCUGGUUUGUACCUCGUAAGCAAAGGAGAUUGACCCAUUUUUAGAAUUGCUGUGUAAAGCCCCUCCUUUCCCCAACAACACUGGAAUAAACUU